AUGAGUUCGUACUCAAAUGCCGACUAUUACGAGAUGAUGGCUGAUGGAUGGAUGAUGAACACGCAAUGUGUUGGUGCUUGUGACGGUAAUCUUGCUGCGGCUCGGCGGCUUUAUGACGAUAGCUACGUCGCAGGAAGAUCUGAAAACUCUCGACGUCUUCCUUCUUACCAUUGCUUCGCGGUACUUGUGAAUCGGUUACAUACAACUGGUUCAUUCCAUAGUGUGCUACAGGAAGGCAGGCCGAACACCUAUUCCACCGAGACAGAGGAUAUGAUUUUACGUCGAGAACGUAAGCGUAGGUCUUCGAUAUUGAAAAGCCAGCGACCUCCGCGCACUCCAUUUUCAGAGCUGGAAUUUCACGUUGCUACACCCACGGACACGGCUAAAAGUCGUCGUGUCAGCUUCUCCAGGCGAACCGGGGUUGCAGAAUUCGUUACCAACGAAGCAACAACAACAUGGAAGAAUUUUUACGAAGAGCACAACAAGUCUCUCGAGUUAUCCGGAAACGAUUCUGUAGCGAAUCCGCCGAAGCAGACUAUUGGUCAUCUCGGGAAACGGAUAUUUGACCAACAGUUUCAAGAGGUCGAAGCCGUGGACUUCACCUCGCUCGAUAACCCCAGUAGAACUAUUAAUACCUCAUUGAAUAAAGUUAAUUUCACCGAACAGUUGGCCUCUCUUGAAUGCACUAGUGGUGACAAAACUUUAUUAGCUCCACAGCAGAAUUUCGAAAUGAGCUCUUUUACCGAUCAACAAACUAAUAUCUUUGGUGAGAAUUUUGUCGUUUCUACAAUGGGUGAAGAGUCUGGUGGUAUCAACAUUAACUUCUCUGCCAUACAGACAAUAGGUUCUAGUGAAGUCGUAGAUGACCUAGAUCAAAUGCAAGCAGAUUUGUUGCGGGUUAAAAGCAAUAUAUUCUGUCCUGGUCCCUUUACUGGUAGGGCAGACUUAUCAGAAUAUAUUGAGGUCGAUCUAAAUACUACUCAUGUAACAAUGAAAAAUGAUGUAUCUGAUAUGUCCAUAACUGAUACUAUUCAUAGUCCAAAAGUGCAGGAAGUGUCUAAAAAUAAUUCAAUUAAAAUCAAUAGAAGUCAUUACAAAGAUUUAGUGGCAGAUAAAGAAAAUAUUGUUAUAUUUGAUAUGGGCAGCUCCCCAGUAAACACCACUGAAAAAAGGAAAACCAUUGUUUAUGAAAAUGAAAAUGUUUCUAUUACUCAAGGUUUACCUAUGAAUAUAAUUUUACCUAAAGAUAAUAAAUCUGAGAAAAGAAGGACAAUAGUGUAUGAAAGCGACGCCGCAGACAUAUCUGUAACACAAGCUGUGCCUGAUAAUAUUAUGUUAGAUGAUACAAACAAACGGAAGACGAUACUUUCUCAUAAUGAAACUGGAAACAUUUCUAUUACUCAAGCUCUACCUAUGAAUAUUAUUUUACCUAAAGAGAAUAAAUCUGAGAAAAGAAGAACAAUAGUGUAUGAAAACGACGCUGCCGACAUAUCUGUAACACAGGCUGUGCCUGAUAAUAUUAUGUUAGAUGAUACAAACAAACGGAAGACGAUACUUUCUCAUAAUGAAACUGGAAACAUUUCUAUUACUCAAGCUCUACCUAUGAAUAUUAUUUUACCUAAAGAUCAUAAAUCUGAGAAAAGAAGAACAAUAGUGUAUGAAAGCGACGCCGCAGACAUAUCUGUAACACAGGCUGUGCCUGAUAAUAUUAUGUUAGAUGAUACAAACAAACGCAAGACGAUACUUUCUAAUAAUGAAACUGGAAAAAAUUCUAUUACUCAAGCUCUACCUAUGAAUAUUAUUUUACCUAAAGAGAAUAAAUCUGAGAAAAGAAGAACAAUAGUCUAUGAAAGCGACACCGCAGACAUAUCUGUAACACAAGCUUUGCCUGAUAAUAUUAUGUUAGAUGAUACAAACAAACGCAAGACGAUACUUUCUAAUAAUGAAACUGGAAAAAUUUCUAUUACUCAAGCUUUACCUAUGAAUGUAAUCUUACCUAAAGAGAAUAAAUCUGAGAAAAGAAGAACAAUACUGUAUGAAAACGACGCUGCAGACAUAUCUGUAACACAAGCUGUGCCCCUUAAUAUUAUGUUAGAUGAUGAGGACAAACAAAAGACAAUAAUUACUGAUUAUGAGACAGGAAACAUUUCUAUUACUCAAGGUGUACCUAUAAAUAUAAUUUUACCUAAAGAAAAUAAACCAGAGAAUAGAAAGACAAUAGUGUAUGAGAGCGAUGCAGCAGAUAUAUCUGUAGCGCAGGUUGAGCCGGUUAAUAUCAUGAUAGAUAAUAAAGACAAACGCAAGACCAUAAUUACUGACAAUGAAACUUCUAACAUUUCUAUUACUCAAGCUCUACCUGUGAAUAUAAUUUUACCUAAAGAAAACAAAAACGAGAAAAGGAAAGCAAUAGUGUGUGAAAGUGAUGCAGCAGACAUAUCGUUUACGCAAGCUGUCCCUGCUAAUAUUAUGUUUAAUGAUGAGAGCAAACACAAACGCAAUACAAUAAUAUGUGAUAAUGAAAUAGGCGACAUUUCAAUUACACAGGCAAUACCUACGAACAUAAUUUUGCCCAAGCAAAAUAUGUCAGAGAAAAGGAGGACAAUAGUGUAUGAAAGUGAUUCAGCGGACAUAUCUGUAACGCAAGCUGUGCCGGUUAAUAUUGUGUUAGUAAAUGAAAAUAAAGAGAAACGAAAAACAAUAAUUUAUGAAAAAGAAACAGGCAAUAUAUCAGUUACACAAGCAAUUCCAUCAAAUAUUAUUUUGCCUGAUAAAAGUAAAACAAUUAUAUCUGAAGAUGACUUUGGUAAUAUAUCUAUAACGCAAGCAAUUCCAAUUGCAAAAAUUAUAUCGAAUAAUAUUUAUGAAGCUCCGGCAAAAUCUAAUAUCCAGGAACAGCAGAAAUCAAGUAUGAAAUAUAAAGAUAAAACAAUUAUUUUGGGUAAUGACUCUGUAGACAUUUCUCAUUGUAACAAUAUAUCUACUACAAAACCUACAACUACUGGAUUUCAGUCUACAAAUAUGUCUUUACCCAAACUUAUAGAUAAUCAAAAUCCUAUACUACUUGAAACGACUUUGAUUAGUAGUGAAGGUGAAAAAAAGGUUUGUCAUGACGAUAAGUUUGCAGGUCAACUGGGGGCUAAGUUUGAUAGUAAAUCGUCUCCCAAAAAAGAUGGAUUACAUGAAAUCUCGCAUGCGAACGAAAGCAAAACUAAUAAAAGUAUAAAAUAUAUACCUGAACAGAGCAAGUCUUCAGAGAACAGGAAGACGAUAGAGCUUGAAACUAAUGCAGCAGACGUUUCUGUAACACGGGAUUUACCUGCUAAUAUUGUGUUAGACGAUGAAGAUAAAAAUAAACGCAAGACAAUCCUUUUUGAUAAUGAAACAAGUGACAUACCAAACACACAAGCACAGCCUUCUAGCGUAAUUUUACAUGAUAAAAGUAAAUCACUUAUAAUAACUGAGGAUAAUCUUGAAAACGUAUCCUUUAGGGAAAGUAUUCCAGUCAUAAAGAAUAUGUCUACUAAUUUACCUGAUAAAACUUUCGUCAUAGCCGAAGAUGAUCUUAACAAUGUAUGUAUAAAAACUAGUCCAACCCUCAAAGUCAAAUCGACCACUUCACCUGAUAGUAGUGUAUCAAUCAUAGGAGAGGAUAUCCUUGAAAACGUAUCUCUUACGCAAGAUAUUCCAAUCGCGAAAAUAAUAUCUACCAAUAUUUCCGAAGUUACUCAUAAACCUAUUAUCACGAAAGAACGAGAUACUAAUGCUCUUUAUGAAGAUUAUAAGAAACAAAAACCAUUAGAAACUAAUGAAUCAUUAAUAGUUAGUGAGUUUUAUAAUAUGUCUACAACUAAAAAAAUUGAUAUUACAAGAGAACAUCUUUCGCUUAAACGAGCUCUGAUAAAUAAUGAGGACAUAGAAAAAAUUGACCUUAAAAACGAAUCUGCAAAUGAAUCAAGCUUAAAAUCUAAAGUAAAGCCGUCACCCUUGAAGAUAAAUACAAUUAACGAGGUCUCUAACAAAGACAAAUGUAAACUAAUAUCAUCUUGUUUAAAAAACGUGUCUGAGGGAACAAAAUCGUUAAUGAAUGAUUUUAUCACCAAUACUUUCCGUGACGAAAUAAAUAAGAACGAAGAAAAUAAAUUGUCUGGUAAAACAGAUAUAGAACAUAGAAUACAUACCGUGCCUGUUAAUAUAGUGUUAGUAAAUGACGACAAAGAUAAUCGAAAGUCAGUUUCCAAAUUUGUAACAAGCGAUAUGUCGGUUACACAAUCUUCAAAUAUACAUUUGACUGAAAAAAGCAAAACUGAGAACAAUCUUGAAAAUUUAUCGCCUAUGCAAGUUAUUCCAAUUGCAAAGACUGUGUCUAAUAAUAUUUCCAAAGUUCUUAAUAAAUCUGUUGCUAUUGAACAAAGUAACUUAAACGUGCCGGAUAAAGAGUAUGAUAAACGUAGAUCUAUUAUUUAUGCCAAUAAGUCUUUAAAUAAUGCUGAUUGUAAUUUAUCUCUAUCUUUAGAUAACCAAUCUGAAGAUAUUACAACAGAGGUACAAUCACCCCCUAAACCGGCUAGAUUAAGUGGCGAAGUUGUGAAAAAACUAGAAUUUGAAGACGAUUCCGUGAGUGAAAUAAGUACAAAAUCUGAUAUUCAAUUGACUCCCAAUAAUAAUAAUAAUAGUUCAGAAAAUUCAUCUGAUAAAAUAAAGUCACUUAUGCAAGAUUUAGUUACACCUAACACAGAUAUAAUACCGUUUCUGGCUCUCGAUAAGGAUAAGAGUAUUUCUAAAGAAACUUCCACCUGCAGCACGGCAAUUCAAGCUAGUUUAGUAACAUCAAGUCAAAUAGAUGUAAAUAUAAUAGAAUCAAAUUCUAGUUCAUUUCCUUUAAGCAAGGUUACUUUUGAAAAUAUGACUGAGGACGAUGAUAGCGUUAAAUCAGACAUUAAACCCUCGCCCCUCAAGAAGACCACUUUUGGCGAGAUCUCUUAUGUAAAUGAAAAUAAAGCUAAAGUGAUUCCGAGCUAUUUAAAAGAUGUCUCUGAUGGAAUCAAGUCACUGAUGACAGAUUUAGUUAAACCUAAUGCAGAUAUUGUGCCUUUUUCGACUAUCAGCAAGGGUAAAGAUAUACUCAAAAAACCUUCUACAUGCAGCACGCAAGUUCAAGCUAAUUUAAUAGCAUCUAGUCAAAUUGACGUUAGUAUCGAAGAAUCUAAUUCCACCUCAGUUUGCUCGUCUAAGCUUGGGAACUUGUCUACACCCUCUUUUCUUACCGACCCGAAAUCUUUAAAAAGUUCCUUGAAAAUUUCGAAAUUGGAAAAGACUAUUCAUUUACCAGAAGCAACAAUAUGUCCGAAAAUGGCCUCAACGACUCUUUCUAUGUCUGAGAAAGUCAUAAUUUUCGAUCAAAAUAAUCCACUGAAUAAUGUCCUUCUUGUGUCACCAGAAUUUUGUAACGUACAUCGAUAUGAACCGAGGACAAAUGACACUUGUGCCGAGAGAAGCGAACCCGUUGAUUCGGAGAAGUCUCAAAACAGAGAACUUUCGGAGGGGAAAAAAGUUGCUCAAUUUAACGUAGAAAGAGUGCUGUUCUCCAGAUCUAUAGCUCAGGCUGGUGACACAGAAAUUAUGGCGACAACUGAGAGUUUUAUUUCUAAUGUGAGCAAAUCAACAUGCGCUCCAGAAUAUGAGCGAGGUCACGAGUUAAAGGAUACUAAAAUUAAUACGGUUAUAGCGAUGAAACCAAACAAAGAGUUAUUAGAAACGAGUUCCUCGCUGACUUUAGUUGACGACACAAUCACAGCUAACAAUUUCGACGUUGAUCUUGGAUCCGUAUCGGGGAAAAUUCGUUCUCCAGUCAAACUGAUUUACGAAACUGAAGAACACUUAUCUAAAGAUAAAUACUCAGACCUUACAUCAAACGAUGACAUCGAAGAGUCUAAAAUUAACAGUAAAGGUAAAAAACGUAAUUACAGUCCGACAAAGAGAAAUAAACACGAUAAGAGCGGUAUGUCAAGUGUAGAUAAUACUCCGAAACAGGUCUCAAAAAUACAAAAACUCUCCAUUAGUCCGUACAAGCCAGAACCAAAACCACAAAAAUUGAAAGCUGAAAAAGAUGAUCCUGGUAAUAGUAUAGAUAUGGAAGUUGACACUUCUUUAAGAAUCGUGCCAGCUUCACAAAAGAAAGAAAAGAAAAAGUCUCCUGAAAAAGUAAAGAUUAGUCCAAAUAUAACUGUUCAGCAGCUCAUAACAGAAUACGAUUUACAAGGAAUCAAUGGAGAAACAUUGAAUAAAGUUGUGCUUGAGGCUUUAAGUACAUCUGGGAGCUCGUCUUGGCCGAAAACUGAAUCGGUAACAGAUGACGGUGUAAAGAGUCCAGAAGUAGCUAGCUCAUUUACCAGUAGUAAGAAUCAGAAUGAGAUGCGAGAUACUGGUAGUGAUACCACUGUCGAUACUAAGGCCAGUGCCAAGAGCGACCGGACGGAUUGGCAGCCCGAUACUAGGGCUGUGGACCCUGAAUGCGACUCGUCCGUCAACGUAGUCGCUAAAAUUGACAUGCUGCCCUUUAUGGGCAGCUACGAAUGCGAGUGGGAGACGUCCGGCGGGGACACGUGGGCGUUUCGCUUGUUGCACGCGCGUUUACGGUUGACUGUGCGUUUGGCUCAUCGGCACGACAACGCAACGCGGACGCGCGUGCGAGCGGACACGCCCGUGCUCGCCGUCAACUUGAAGACUGUGCGCAGCGGUAUGAUUGCGUUGAUUCAUCUUAUUACAGUAGAACCUCGAUAA